ACUGAAUCAAGAUGCUGCUGAUCAUUGAAGCUCUUCUUCUCAUUUCAGCUGCUCUAGGAAAGCAUCUGCUCUUCACUAGAUCUACAAGAUCAUCUGAGGGAUCUGUCUGAAUCAAGAUGCUGCUGAUCAUUGAAGCUCUUCUUCUCAUUUCAGCUGCUCUAGGAAAGGAUCACAGAGCUGCUGUUAAAGGGAAGAUAUUUCCACUGGAUAUGGAAAAUAAUUCAGUUGAUGAUCAAUAUGACGGAUGCAUUGGGAAAAUGAAACAACUGGUCGAAAAUAAAUAUCUGAAGAAGGAACUUAAUAACUCUAGAAAUAAUUUUAAAAUAGCUUGGCAAGAGGGUGAAAAAUACAGUAAGAAGCCUGAAAAUAACUUGACACAAAACCAUUCAAUUGCCAUUUAUGUGUAUACUGGUGAUAAAGUUUUUCGUGAUUUCAACAAUGAAACUCGUAACGGUAAACAAAACUACACAACGGAGCAAUACAGUUGGUAUUCACUUCACUUUCUGUUAACAGAAGCGGUACAGAUUCUGAACCAAACACAAAAUACAUGCUAUGAUACUUAUCGUCGUACCAAAGUUGAAUUUGAUAAGGAUGUUCUGAACAAAGAGGUUCGUUUUGGCUCAUUUACUUCUUCCUCUAUUGAUCGUGAUAAAGGAGCAAAGAUUUUUGGAACUGUCUCUUGUUUUGAGAUCAACACUUGUGAAGGUGCUGAGGUGACAAACUAUUCAAAGCUUUCUCGUGAGAGAGAGGUGCUGAUUCCUCCGUAUGAGACAUUUAAUGUCACUUCUAUUAGGAAAAAAGGAGAUGAGAAAGAUCUCUGGUGUGACACUGUGUACACUUUGAAAAACACUGGAAAAACAAGUAACCUGAACUGUGCUCUAUUCAGGAGACCAAACAAGACCAAAGAUAAGUACCAUGUUUUGCACUAGGCCUAACAAUGUGCUUUGAAUUUACAU